AUGGAACGGCACCUGACAACUGGUUUUCGCAGCCGCCUCGGAGACGACAAGCUCAUGCACUGCCGCACCUGCAGAAGACUGGAGAAGCAGCGGCAAGACGUGAGUCGCCAAGGAGAAACGGGACGCGACGCGGCGGAGAACGUGACGAGCCCAGAGGAGAUUGUGUGCCCGCUGUGCCGGGCCUCGCUGGCAGAUUCACACGCCCUGGUGGUACACGACCGCUUGCACAAGGGCAUCCGGCCGUUCGAGUGCCACCGCUGCAGCGAGACGUUCCUGACCGUCGCCGGCCUGAUACUGCAUCGGCACCAGCACUGUCGCCAGCCGCGGUACCGGUGCGACCGUUGUCACAGGCACUUCCAGGACGUGGCGCUGUACACGAGGCAUUGCAAGAAGCACGGCUGCAUCUGGAAGAGAGCACGUCUGCAGAUGCUCGCACUGAAUUUUUGGCGGAAGAGAGCCUAG